AUGGGGGCAGGAAACCAGACAGGAGUAUCACAGUUCCUCCUCCUGGGCCUCUCAGAUGAUCCAGAACUGCAGCCCCUUCUCUUUGGAGUGUUCCUGUCCAUGUUCCUGGUUGCCAUGCUGGGGAACCUGCUCAUCAUCCUGGCCAUCAGCACUGACUCCCACCUCCACACCCCCAUGUACUUCUUCCUCUCCCACCUGUCCUUUGUUGACAUCUGCUUUGUCUCCACCACUGUCCCGAGGAUGCUAGUGAAUAUUCAGACACAGAGAAAAGACAUCUCCUACAUAGGCUGCUUCACUCAGGUGUAUUUCUUUAUGGUUUUUGCUGAAAUGGACAAUUUCCUCCUGACCGUGAUUGCCUAUGACCGGUUUGUGGCCAUCUGCCAAUCCCUGAAAUACAUGGUCAUCAUGAACCCCCACUUCUGUGGUCUCCUGGUUCUCACGUGUUGGCUUAUCAUUUUAUUCAACUCCCUGUUUCAUGUGCUACUGAUGAUGCGGCUGACUUUCUGUAUUGGAACUGAAAUACCACAUUUCUUCUGUGAACUGACUCAGACUCUCAAUGCAGCCUGCUCGGACACCCUCAUCAAUAACAUCUGCUUGUAUGUGGCGACUGUCCUGCUGUGUAUGUUUCCUCUGACUGGGAUCCUCUAUUCUUACUCUCAGAUUGUCUCCUCCUUUUUGAAGAUGGCCUCCACUGAGGGCAAGUAUAAAGCGUUUUCCACCUGCGUGUCUCACCUCACUGUGGUCUCCUUGUUCUAUGGGACAGGCCUGGGGGUUUACCUCACUUCUGCUGUGACCCACUCUUCACAGAGAUGCUCCAUUGCCUCAGUGAUGUACACUGUAGUCACUCUGAUGCUGAACCCCUUCAUCUACAGCCUGAGGAACAAGGAUGUGAAAGGGGCCCUGGCCAGGCUCCUGAGUCUAGGCGCCCCCUGUCUGUGA